UUAUAAUAUAUCCAGUCUGCUGUUACUGUAUUGGUAGUCCUGAUUAAUACUCGGAAUUUCCCUCAAAUCCAGUCCACAACUCACUCCCCAAGUCUAAGCGCACGAUUCACAAAAAAUAUAUUUAUGUACUUUACAAGAAUUGUCAAUCCCAAAAUCAUACGUAUAAAUAAACAAUUUCUUGUCAUGGAUUAAUUUUUAUUCAUAAAAUAAGCAUUUUAUAAAUAAUAUAAAUUACAAAAUGCACAUCCUUUCAAAUUAUCGAUUUAACUAGAAUUGAAAACAAUAUUCAAUUACACAUAGAUUAUUACAAUUACAAAUUUUAUUUGAUACUAAAAUAUGGAUGGAAAAAAAAUAUUCGAAGAACAAUUGAGAUAUGUUGCUUGCAUGGGUGAUACUAAUGGAAUAGAAAAACUAUUAAAUAUUGGAAUUGACAUAAAUACUAGACAUGCAAUUAACGGAUGGACACCACUUCAUUGGGCCUGUAAAAAGAAUUAUAUAGACGCUGUAGCUCUUUUGUUAAAAAAUGGGGCAGAUAAAAAUAUAAAAUCUGAGUACGGUGAAACUCCAAGAUCACUUUCUACAAAUCCUUAUAUUUUAAAAUUAUUGGACGAUGUACCUGACUCACCUAAAUCACCUAUUAAUCAAGAUCCUGAUUUUAUUCCUAAUUUUGUUAAGAAUACUUCAUUAAAUUGUAAAACAAAUGUAGAAUUCCUUCAACAAAAUAUUGAUAAUAUAUGCCAAGAAAUAGUGCUGAAAUUACGAAUAGCAAAUACAGAUGAUUCUGAUUUUAUAGAAGUUGAUGUUAAGCGAAACGAUUUAACAUACCAAAAAUUAAUCAACAUGUGCUGUGAUGAACUAGAAAUUAAUCCUUCGCAAAUAGUUAGACUUCGAAAACUGCCAAACACAAAAAUUAGAACAAACAGAGAUGUACAAAGAUUAGAAAAUUUUCAAGAAAUAGAAGCAGUACUAUUUUCACCUAUAAAUAUUACUAAUGAUUUAAGACAUAAAACCCAAUAUACAAAUGGAAAUACUGUUUCAAUAACUCCAACUAACAAUUAUCAAAGUAUAUCAAAAAAAGAUCAAACAAUUUUAUAUUAA